AUGCAAAGAGCAAGAACGGUUGGAAGUCCUUCAGUGGCUCUGUUAACUGAAUUAGGCCAAAGUACUAAGACUGUUCGACAGCUUGUCGUGUGGCUGAAAAAAAUUGGGAAUUAUCAAGCCUUAGACAUUUUGGAAUACAAAGGUAAGUUGACAUUAAUUAGUCUAGUCAACAAACAAUAAUGGUGCUUUAGACGCCCCAGCCACAUUAUUUUUUUUCUAAGACUAAAAACAGCUCCAAAUGUUUCCUCUCUCCAUACAGUUAGUUUGAAGAUAAAUUCUCAUUAUUUAACCUCUACAUCAGGGGCGGUUCCAGGAUUUUUUUUAGGAGGGGGUGCACUCGUCUCUUGCUCUACUUCAAUACCCAUAAACCACGUAGUUUUUUUUUUGCAGAAUACCAGUUGUAUUAGAAAACCGCAGGUCAUCUCGGGGGGGGGGGGUGCGCACCCCCUGCACCCUCCCCCUAGAUCCGCCCCUGUACAUAGUUUCCUUUUUGUUUUCUCUGUUAACUAUACUCUUGUAUUCAUUAUACAGAAGAGGUGCAAAUCAUCAAACAACCCAAGUCGCAGCCAGUCAGAGUGGGUGGCAGUGUUACCUUGAGAUGCGAGGCCACAGGCUACCCAGCUCCACGAUAUCAGUGGGUAAAAGAUGGAGCAGAACUCUUAGAUGGGAUUAAUGGAGAACUUAUCUUGGAUACUGUGACAAUGUAUGACAGUGGGAACUAUUUUUGCCUUGUGUCCAAUCAUGUUAAUGCAGAAAAGAGCGAUGCAGUGGAUUUAGAAGUUUUGCCAUCAUCAGGUAUAUUGUUACAUGUAUCUCUUAAUCAAGUCAAUCUUUUUUUGAUUACUACUCCAGUACUUUUGAAGGUGACGUUUUACUCUCCUGUUGUUGAGCUUUCUUGCGAUGCUGAAAGGUUUGACACAGUACCAAAGAAAUGUACUAGAAACGUUCGAUGGUGCCGAGCAGUUAAUCGCGAGGCAAAUGAAUAUAAGUAUGUUUAAUUUAAUGGACGCAAGGGCGCUUUGCUGAUAUUGCGAACUGUUUGUGGAAAAUCGCUGUUGAUGCAGGGAUACAUCAAUUAUUCCUGGACCUUGUGCGCGAAUAGACCUUUUUAGCUUGUAUGUUUUGUUUUCCCAAUUCGGAGCACGUGAUGUUCUCUAGGGAAUUUACCUUUUGUCUUUUCAUUAGUUAUGCAAUAUGCAUACAUAUACGCGUGGAUGCACGUAUAUAAGACGGCAUUUAAAAGAAGCAGUUCUCAGGGGCGACAUCACAUGGUCUGCAAUGGGAAAACAAAACCUACAAGCUUAAGGCCUAUUAUUCGGGCGGGAUAGUAUACAUCGAUCAUCUCUCCCAAAAUUUCUAUAAUGAUUUCUUUCAGCUGAAAUAACAUUCCACAUCGAGGUUUCUCAGAAUUAGUCAAAAAUUAUUAGGCUAUUGUUUGUAUCAAGUCACUUCAAUGGAGAGUAUUAAUUUCUCUUUAAUUUGGCGGAUGAGAUUACGAUGAAAAAUAAAAAUUGCCUCAUGAAACUUUAUAUUUGAUUUUAAACUAAUAAAUAAAUAAAUAAGCUUAGUUAAAAUUCUGUUAUGACUGUUUGUGCUCGUUAAUGUAAAUCGAAAGAGAACGAUUUUAACUUUAGGCGCCAGCCCAUGUAAUCACAGUUAGAGACGUUCAAUCUGAUUGGUUAAAAUGUGAUCCCAUAAAAAAGAUCAAAUUUCAACGGGAACAGUUUAUGGAAUUGCUCUGUGCCAGAGGUUUUUUUCUAGCGGCAAAUAAAGGUCCUGUGGCCGACAUCGAACUACCCCGCCGCACGCGAGAAAAAGCUUCUGGUACCCAGGGUGCAGGUUAUAUCACCAAUUAAAAUAUUAAAAACCUGUCAAACCAGUAAUACUCGGACACAGCAAAAGAAAAAUUGAUAAGAUAAAGACAAAAGGGUAUAACGUCAUCGGCUUAAGUCUGUUCUCCCAGAAAGUGACGCUUUCAGUAACAUAUGGCCACUUGAAGUGUUUUCAAUAGCAAAACUAAUAAAAAUUAAGGUACUAUUAAUAGCAUCAGGUUUCGAAACUGAUGUUUAAUUGACAUUAUAUGUGCCUUUUAAGCUAAAUUUUGCAUCAAAAAUAUACAAAUAAGUUUCAUAGGUAAUCAUUAAUAAUCAUUUAACUAACAACUGACAAAUUGCCUAAAAAACUGGCAACUGACAUUUGUACCCCCCCAUCCAGACCCUCAGUAUACCUCUGUUAGGAUUGGUCGGAAUAUCCAAAACGAGGUAUCGCUGGAAAGAUCUAUCUUUGCUGACGCUGUUGCUCACCAAUUUAUUAACUCAAACUGAAAGCUAGAUGGGUCCAGGAAGGAAAAUAUGUAUCGUUCCAUAUGGAAUGAAAACGACCAAAGCAUUCGUCGAAGGGUUAAUUGGGUGAGCCCUAUACUACUUGUAGUGCUUGCGUUUUUGAUUUGAUACUCUUACAUAUGUGAUUUAUCGCCACAUGUUUUAUAAACGAAAAGCAUGUCACAUGUUUUGACUUAAUUAAAUCAUGAUUUGGUCGAGACAGCAGCAAAAUCGUGGAACUUUUCAAAACUAGUGCGAGUUUUAAAACUUUAACAAACAUGUUCGACGGUACAUCAUCAAUCUGACAGUUUCUCUAAACAUGCGUUCACGCGCAUCUAUUAAUUUUGUUAACUUUAAAUUUAUGCAGGUAUUGUUUUCCAACGCAAUGUAACGUAUACUGUACAUAGUAACACGCACGUUUUAUCAGCUGUGAACGUUCAUAACCGUCACACUGACGAUGACGGAUGUACCGUCGAAACAUGUUUGUUAAAAUUUAAAAAGUCGCACUAUUUUUGAAAAUCAUGAUAUCUAGUAGAGCACCUAGUUAGGAAAGAAUUUUCGGAUAUCUAUCAACAAAUCUGUCUGACAAAUGUCUAUACGACAACAAAGUAUAGACUGAACUGUGGAUACAGCAUAUGCGCGGGUUAUGUGACGUAAUUAUAUAAUCAGCAUACUUUUCACUCCUGAUUUGCCCCUGUUUGUGCUACUACGAUCAAAUUUGGGAAUUUGCUUUUUAUUACGUAUUUCGAAAAUGUAUGUAAAAGUGACUUACCGUGCCAAGUUUGGAGUCCAAAUAUGAUCUGGAAGUGUGUUUAUUUGCACGGCAAUUUUCGUAAAUGUCUUGCCGCCAUUACUCGAUUCAAAAAAUGACCGGGAGUAGAUUUGAAGGAGUUGGGGCGAGAUGUGACGUAGAAACAUCAACGCGACAAAACAAGGUAAACAAACGUGGCUAAUUUUGCAUGCAGGACGAGAUAUUUUUGGAAGCUUUUGGAGGUUCUUUCUUCGCUUUUUUGACUUAAAGCGAAAGUAUGCCUGGUAGACGUUGUGUUGUUCAGGACUGUGGAAACGUAAAGAACGAUGAAUUGGGGAUUUCUAUUCAUAAUUCUCCUGAUUCGGGCAGCGUUAGAUUAAAGUGGUGUCCAUUCAUCGGAAGGAUUUCAACACAGUGGGAAAAUUUGCUGUGUGCUCGGAGUAUUUUACAAGGGAUUGUUUUACGCUUGCUUUUCCGAUGAAAGGCAUGAAAAGGAAUUUGAAGAAGGGGACGUUUCCAACCAUUUGGAAAAAAUCCUCUCAAACACUAUCAAAGCGGAGUAGACGAUCGGUGAGUGAAAUUACAAUGUAUUUGCGCUGUGCUUAUCACCAUUAUAUUUAUUUCCCCAUUUACCUGUGACAUGAUUUUUUUCUGGCAUCGUUGUUCAAUAUUCGUGUAAUGAAUGCUCUGACUAUUUGAACUUCCCAUAUUGCUGCAUGUGUUUUCAUAGUUUUCUGCUUUCUUCUCAUAGUUAUAGUAAAACGGGCAUUUGCGCUGAGUGGACGUGAAGUCAAUUCCCCAAUUCCCAGACCUUUCCACUCAAGCGUAAAAUUUAGAAAAAGUGAAGCUACAUAGAAAUCCGGCUCUCUAUUUUUUGAGAGAUUAUCUUGCUGUUACUUUGAGAUUUGACAGUACUCCAAACUUCCCUCCAAGAAAUCUUACAGCAAAUUAAGAGUUACACGCGAGUCUUUUAAAACGACCAAAAAUGGACUUAGUCUGAUUUCUACAUUCUAUAAGUUCAGUUACUGUUUGCGGGUUUUUUUUCGUUUGUAUUUUAAUUCUAUUUUCACUGUCUGCAAAUGAUGCAUACAUUUUAAGGCAAAGAUGUGGUUAAACCUUGCUUCCAUUUCUAGUUUUGAAAACAUCAACAUAAAGCUCAAAUUUAAACUUGUUUUGAAGGGGAGAUAUAAAAAAUGGUCGUCCCUAUUUUCAUUUUUAGGUACUAAAUGAAAUUCUGGCUGGUCAAACUACUAAUGAGGAUACAGAGGAAGAAGACAAUCCUGAAGAAGAGGUGAUCUCUUUGAAAGGAAGUUCUGCACCUGAGGAGAGUGCUGACACUAUGGGGGCUCCCAAUCUCAACGCUAAGGAGUCUCCAGAAGUCGAGGGUGUUCUGAAUACAAGUCAGGGUUCUUUGCUUGAGGUAAAUCCUGAAAAGGAGGGCUGCAUCCCUGAGACUGAGACGGGUGAGAUAAGUGUUGAUGCUGAGAUGGCUUCAGAGGUCCUAGGUACUCCUGGUGAUAAGACAGCUCUCGAGAGCCAAGGGAUUUCAGGCACUGAUGAGGUUACUGAGACCAUGCAGGUCCUGGAGGCUCAAGGAAUCGAAAAAGUGCAGGAUAUGGAUGAAGUUAUGCAGAUUGAUGAAUCAUUAACGAUUCCUGAACUUGAACAGGUUUCUAUGGUAGGCGCAUAACUCUAAUUAAUGUUUAUUUGCAUCUUUGUAUUAUCAUAACAACGGAAAACUACAUGUGCAGUUAUUUUACAACAAUACUAAAACACAAAAAUUCUUAAGUCUUGUUAUUACAGCCUGUAUCAAUGUUGAAAGUUUGUUUUUUGUAGGAUACUCCAACUGGAUAUGCUGAGAAUUGCACAACAUGCAAAACCCUGAGGAGUGAGGUGACUCAGUUAAGGGGCAAAGUCACAAGACUGAAGAGUAAGUUAAUCUCCAGUCAAGAUCAGUGGGUUGAAACCUUUAAGAGCAUACAAGAGCCGAAGCAGUUGCUGAUGGUGAAUGCUGGUGAGUCAACAAUAAUUGAUGUUGAUGAGUCAUAUAGGCAUAACUGCCUAUCUUUAUAUUUUUAUUACAUUUUAUCAAUAUUUGAUUAUUUAAUAAUAAUUAAAAUUUUAAUGGUGAUAGAAUUUUUUUAAUUCCAUUUGUUUAAGCUAUUCAAACUGAACCAUGGCCAGUAACAAAUGAGACAGAGUUAGGGCUAGAGGAUGAAUCAGAAGAUGAGCAGGAAAUGUAGGAUGACGCAUAUGAGGAGUUUGAGUGUGAUGAAGACCCUACAUGGAGUCCUGAAGAAGUCGAAGAUGCAUAUAAAAAACUAAAGGAAGAUGAUGACUCAGUGAAGACUCAUCAGAACCCAAGGUACAAAGAUGCAAAAUUUAUCACAUUUUAACAUCUUAGCUCUAAGUAUCCUCUGGGAAGUGAUUUAGGCCUAAAACUAACUUCCAUUAUGAGAGGAUCUAUUCAGAAACAAGAGUACAUGAAAUUUGUUUUUUAAUUUACUCAGAUAAGAAUUGCACAAAAAAAAAAAAGAAGAAGAGGCAUAGCCAGCCCAUAGACUGGAAGUCCCUGGCCUAAAAUUGUUUGGUUUGUCCACUCAACCACUUGUAAUAAAUUAUGCAUCGUUGGGGUGGGCUAGAUAGGUUAAGGGCUCAACGUUGUCAUGUGUCCAAUCAACAGAAUUAUUAUAAAAAAGGAUUUUUCAGGAUGUAUGUGAGAAUAAAAUCCCAACCCACAAUUAGCCAGGUUUACAACAAGUUGAAAAACUGGCAACACCCUGAGAAAAACAAUGAAAAUGAUAAUCUUUUUUUUUUUUGUUAUUUUAUGAUUUCAGAUGCUAUGAUUAAAUGAGUAUUUCCUUUCAAUCAUUUUUUACAGGUUGGAUCUACAAGGAAAAAACAUUCGAGAGGAACCGAAGGGAAUUGUUUUCCUUUCCAAACUUCUUCCUUUGUUUCAGUUCUGCCACUUGUGCUUCUUUUCAAAACCCAAACUUUCUGUAUCACAGACAGGUACCUUGUUAACCGUAGAAAGUUUCUACAGAAACUGUAGCCAGACAAAAGUCUGGAAGAGUCAACCAGACCUGCUAGGAAAGUUUCCAGCAGGUAACCUGCUAUUAAAUUUUGCAGUGCUCUGUGAGCCGAGUGAAAAGAAAGAAAUGAUACAUUAAAACUGUAAUUAAAUUCAGGCUGAAUUCGAUUUAAUUUUUAUUACUUGUGUACAUGAAAAUUGGAGCAACAUCAGAAUUCCCAGCCACUAAACUUGAGUUUAACUGAAAGCUAGAAGAACAGGGCUUCACACAGUGGGCAAGUUUGUCAUUCAACAAAAAGCGAGUAAGUGGCUGAGAAUUCUGAAGUUUGGCUCAUAAAAUUAAGUGCUUACUUAAGCAACUACUGUAGGUCCUUCUUGGCCCCAAUGGCAUACAUGACACUCUUCAAGAACAAACAGUGCAUUUAUUAUUAAUUUUCUUCAUCUUCGAAGCCACGAUAAUGGCCAUUUUGACUCGGAAAUUGUUUCCUGAUUAUAUUGUAGGCACAACAGGGCAAGGGAUAUCGCCUGGAACUACCAAUAUAACUCCACAGCAGUCUUGUAAAUUGGCGAUAGGCCACAGACCUCAGGAAUCUAGUUAGAGAAAUGAGAUCACUGUUAAUUCAAGGAGGGAUUGGAUGGAGAUAAAUAAAUACUCCUUUUAAAAAUAAGCAGUUGGGGCAAUAAAGCCAUUUAGAAAAUAAAAAAUGUGAUUCUAUGAGAUCAGUCCACGGCGAUAAGCUUAGAUGUAUCAAUUAUUCAAUGCUAUGUAAGGUUCGAUCGUUCCGAUACAAAGUCAACAAUACCCCAACUUACUCAUUAUCACUUUUGUUGCUUUGCCCACGAACAGUUGUGUACGACUUUCCAGCUCGCUUUUUUAGGCCCAGUGCAGCCACUUCUAAUACGUGGCGGUUUAAGCAGACGCUUUCAAACCCUGGAUGGAGGGUUAUGCAUACGGUCCGGUCUCCAAUGGCUUCUUCCAUGACCUAUUCGCAGCGACCGAUCUCUUUGCAGCAAAUGCACUCCUGCGCUUUUGUAACAAGGCUGACAGAGCAGUUCGAGCACGAACACCUGCAAAAUAAUGUGAAAAAUUCGUCAAACACAAGAAAAAUACGUCUGUAUAAAAUUAUUAAUUGUCUGACCUCUUCAAUAAAACUAUCGCAUAAAAUCAAGACUACAGCUAAUCACAUAGCAACGAAAUUGUAAACUUAAACAAAACACUCAGUCGCGUUCGUCACGCGGGGAAUUUAACGUGUAUGUUAAAAUUGGAAAAUAAAAAUAUAAAUCUACAUUCCAUGAUAAUACCAUACCAUUCAUUCGCUGGCACCUCUCCCGAAUAUCUUCGUUGAAACGGUUGUUCCUCUUCUUCUUCGCGAUGAACUCUUUCGUUGUAGUCCGCGGCUUCUUCCUCGGUAGCAAGGGGUUCGCAACUGUCGUCGUACGGCGCAAAUUCAGACAAUUCCCCCAUCACUUCGUCAACUGUAAAACAUUCUAGAUCACUUUCAGAUGUGCAGGAAGAGGAAUUCGACGGAGAUGACAUCUUAAACGUCUUGUUAAAAGGCUCUAAACUCACAAACUUUUCCCAAAUGCGAAUCUUUUGGUUGAUGUUUCUACGUCACAGUGCAUAAAUCACGUGGUCAAACGCACGACCGCUUUGCGGAGAUCUCGCGGGCUAUUGCUUUGCGAACUUUGUAAUGGCGGACGGUAUUUACGCACUUUUCAGUGGGAAAUUUCCAGCCCCCGUACGCAAGUAUCGUUCCAAUUUUUCGCUAUUUGUAUAAUUUUGAACAUAUACACAAGAUUUAUGUUAAAAAAACUCGGAAAAAAAAACAAAAAUUUUCGUCGUAGUAGCACUUUAAUGAAUUUAUUUUAUUAGCAGACAUAACAUGUCGUUAAAUUGAUUUAUGUCUUUUUUUAACCUUCUCGGUAAGGCGUCAUCAAGGAAGACAGCAUUGAGGGCAUUUUUACCAGUGAAGGUGGUGUAAUGGCUGGAGGAAAUAUCAGGCUAGUGUGCCCCCCUGGAGCUCUUGACGAUUCCUUAUCUGUAACCAUAACAUUAGAGGAUCCGUCUAAGUACUACAGUUUGAUAGUUCAAAAGGAUCUGGAAAAUGACGUUGUUAUAGCUGCACCCAUCGUUAAUCUACAACCGAAUGGCCAUUCUUUCAGGAAACCUAUGAAGCUGACAACUAGUUUUAAACACAUGAAAUGGAAAUGGAACGGAGAUGAUGUUUUCAUUUUGCAUGGCACUGAAUCUAGAGAUGGAAAGGUCACCUGGCAAGACAUCACUAAGAGCUCAAAGAUUAAUGAGGCAGCCGCAGAAGUCGAGGUUGAACUGAAACAUUUCUCACUCAUUAUGGUUCUGUUACGUUGGACCUUGAUCCGUAGUAAAGACAUUCUGUCCAGAUUUGAUUUACUGUCGUUUGAUUACACGUUACUGGUGCUGUUGAACAAGACGAGUCCCUCUUCUGCACACGACAUGCUUGCUCUACUUUUCGUGAGCCAAGACGUUUACCACGAACAAUUCUUCAGAGAUGACGCGACUUCAGCUUUGGUACAGCUUAAGAAAGAGGGUUUUAUAGAGGUACAUGAACGUGCCACUGACAGACUGGAUAAAAAGCGAAUUUACAAUCAUGAAAACCUUCAAGUUAGUAUUCAACUCGGGGAAGACUACAGACUCUCUGAUAGCCAGCACAGAAGUUUUAGUUUCGGUGUAGAUUCCUUUGUUUGGUGGAAUGGAGGAAAGGUAAUCAAACUUCCUCUGGAAUGGAGAAACGAAGUGAGAUAUCUCUGUGGGACAAUCAGCGUGAAUGGAGAAAAUGGGCAUGCGAACAAGAAGCAUUUUAGUGAAGGAGGUAAAUUUGUUAGUUGCUGUAGUAUAACAGUAUAAUACAAUAGAUGGCGGUGGAGCUUAAAGAUACUCCUCAACUUGGUUUCGAUAGUUCACCUUUAAAACAUAUGCGAUCUUCGGGAACGAAACAUGACUGUAUCGCAGGCUCAAGUGUGCAACUCAUUCAGAUGACGUGUUUUUUAAAGUCAUCCGCUGACCAGUUAUUGGUUUUACAGUGCGACCAGGAAAACCGUGAACACUUGAAAUAUUUCAGGAAUUUUUAUUGUGUUACGACCAAUCACAGCAAAGAUCAGGACACGCGAGUUUAGUUUCCUCACGUCUGAUUGGCUAAAUUCGUGCAAAACAAUAACAUUCCAGAAAUAUUUCUGGUGUUCACGGUUUUCCGGUUUGAAGGUAGUUGAUCGCAGGCUCAAUUACUUCUGGUGUAUUAUACCAAUAGCACUAAAAAAGCCAUUUAAUAAAUAACUUAUUAACCUCGUCCGUUCGGCCAUUACAGGGUCAUCACUUGCCCUUGAUGUACGUAUUGACCUCGCUAUUGCUUGGUCAAUAUAACAAGGCCUCGGUCUGAGAUGUCCCCGUAAUGAACUCACUCUGGCUUAACAAGUGGUUUGUUAUUUUUUCACAGAUCUGUGUAAUUAUGUAAGGAAGUUACUGGGCAUGGAGGGGAACAUCUUUAACGUCGUAACCAUUGCUAGGCUGCUUGAGAUGCCUGAAGAGGUACUGAAUCAAGUCACCAAAUCUUGGGAGGACGACGGCGGGCAGUUGAACCUUACUUUGCAACACUGGUCGGAGAAGACUGGUGGAGUAGAAAAUCUUUCUUCUCUCAGAAAGUUUCUGGAGGACAUAAAUCAAGAAGGUCAGUGGUGUUUCAAGCGGACUCACCGCGCAAUGGCUGUUUUUCUAAAGAGAUUUAAAGAACAAUUAUUCACCGAAGUGGAGGUGGCUAGUAGUGGAUAUAUUUAGCGAGGCCGCCAAGCGGCGAGGUAAAUUACCACUACUAGCCACCGACACUGAGGUGAAUAAUUGUUUUAGUAUAUACUAAAACAGUGAGAUAAUUGAGCACAAAAAUGAUGAUUUUUAAGUCAUUUACUGUUGCCAACGUCUACAAUUUUGGCGCGCGAUGAUCGAACGGCCGCGGUCGUCGCUUUUUCUUGGCGACAAAUAAAACUUUUGAAGGCGUUUGUUUAGCUCUUGCGGGGAAGUUUCUUCAAAAGGAGUUGUGAAUUCUCUUUGUAUUUAAAAUCAUUCUGUAAAAAAAAUUAUUAAAUUUAGUUUUAAGCUUAUUUAUGAAGAAGUCAACUAAAUAAAGUAACGCAAGACUUAAGCUUAAUUUGCAUUUGUAAACAAAAAAGUUUUUCACCGGUUUUAUCGAUAAAUUCAAGUCAAAAAGACAAAGCUUUAUCUGUUAAAACUUCCAAACCGAACUUCGUCACCUUCUUCAUGUAUUUUGGGAAUAGCUUGAUUGAUUAGUUGUGAAAUUUCUUAGUUUGUUACGGCAGCAAACCGGGAAGGCAUUUUGCUCGCAACUUACGCGAGUUUGGCGUCGCUCUCGCGGAGGAACUGGAAGUGAAUCAGUGAAUAGUGCAGGAUAUUCACUGAUUGAGUAGCCAAUCAGAACGCGCGAAAAACACUAUCCUCUGCUUUAGUAUAUACUAAAGUUUGUUACUUAGUUUAAUAGGAUCAGUGUCACGAAAUUUAUCAAAAUUCAGGCAGUUGAAACCGCCACGGAACUGAGUGAAACGUAAAAAUAACUACUCAAGACAUGAAAAGAAGGUAUAAAUAACACGGCAAAUACAAAAGAAGGAACGGAUGGACAAACGUGAAAAAAAUUGAAAUGGAUGGAAAUUGUGGGUUUGAAAACUUGUUAGCCUGAUAGUUUUUCAAAGUUUAUUUUUGUUGUUUGUAACAAUGUAAUGCUCGGAGACAUUUGUUUGACAGUAGCUGUGAUUUUGUCAUUGACAAUUUAUUUCUCAAGUUUCUAUAGCGAAUAUGGUUGCGUAACUGGCAUUAAUUAUGAACAAAAUGAACUUGACAAAAGGGUUACUUAAAGAAGCUGGUUACUUAAAAGACCUUCCUGUUUCCUUUUUGGAUAUAAAUUUCAAAAAGGCGCCCAGUACUUAGUAGACCUUGAGGAAAUGGAAUUCUGAUUUUAUUCUGUGAUAUAUGUCUUUCAUACCCACCAGAAUACAGAGUAUCACCAAGAGGCCAGAUGCACAUCAGGCGCUUGAGAAAACUUGCCACGAAGAUAACCGGCUUACAAGUCCAUAACACAGAUUUAGUGAGGUAUUUUUCACGUAAAGCUACAAUUCUUUGCAAUUCUGUGUUGAGAGACUGUUGCCUGGAGUUGAACCAGGAUGAAGCCUUUUCAUCUUCCAAUAAUGCAGAUUCUUUCGUCAAACAAUUCAUCGAGAAUCGUCAACCAAUGCUGGAAGAUAUUUCUACAAAAUAUAAACUGGUGUGUUCACAGUCAGAUGAAUCGAGGACCAGCAUUUUUCUUGCCAUUGUUCCUCAUCUGAUGCAAACCAUCAAGCACAUCUUUGUUGACCAUAAGAAGCUUGUGCCUCAUAGUGGCUUGAAUGGACUUCAUGAGGAAAACGUAGAUCAAUUUUUGACAAGCGUUUUGAAUGCUCGACAAAACAACAGAUUCCGGGAUCUUGUGUAUGUGGAGUGCCAAAUUCUGGAGAAGUUGUGUAUGAAGAAUCACAGCAAGAAGCCCGUUGCAGAGAUUACAAAGUGGAGCAAAAGUCUUGCCAUUGAGCAAAUGCUCAACUUUCUAGAGCGGUUCUUCAAGCAUUGCCUGCACGACAUAAGGUUACACAAAAGAUUAGGACUUUUUUCUUACCGCCUACGAGACACGUUGUUGACCGACGACAAGGAAGUAGAUGAAGAUUACAUGCAAGAUUUUGCCAACGUUUUAUUAAGUCUCGUUGACUUUGCCAAGUUUCAUCCUUCAAAACUGGUGAGAUUUGAGCUGGUUGACUCGAAAAGCUCCACAUUGUCCAGUACCUCGUCUGAUGUUGAGAACCUGGUGCACGACGAGUAUGACGACACAUACUCUCAAACGUUCAGCAUCAAGAAAGUAUCAGAGGACGAGCUUCAACUGGGUGCGGCUGCAUGUGUGCACAUUGAUGGAUCAAUUUGCAAGAAAGGGGCAUUCCAGUCAGUCAUUAUGUUGAAUCGUUCCGGCAUGGAUGAAUUUAACAGAUGCAUGAGUCGCUUCGCUCCAGCUGACAUUGCGGUAGUGAAAAUGGAAGCUGAAAACAAGCAUUCGGGAAAUCUUCAAAUAGUUCUUUAUGCUUCACAAAAGGAGAAGCUAUCAGAAUUGAUACGGGUCUUCAAACGAGAACUGAGCGAAGACAUGUUGGACUUGAGGCAGUCUGAGGUGUCUCGGUGCUACCUUUCAAUGCGAUGUAUUGACUUCACCAAAGAAAAGGUCCUAAGACUCCGUCUAGUGUACAAAUGGGGUUCGGAAGCUGUUGCGCUGGACAGUAAUGACUUUGUGACCUUUUCCGAUUGCUCAGCUGGCGGCGCUUGUUUACCAGAGGUAAAAAGGUUUGGUGGUAAGUUUGAUUCAUUGUUUAUUGUUUGUGUCUGUUUAUCCCACCCAAUUAAAGUUCAAUAAAUCCUUCGCUUUGCUGCGUCCAACGGUCAAUUUUUAAACAAAUUUUUGAUACUAUUAUACAAUGUAAUCAGUGUCUAUCCGUCUUACUGGCUUGGGGCCUACAGUGAAUUCUGAAUAUCAGUGCACCAUAAUUCAGUUAUCCACUACUACGUAUACAUAACUGAAUAAUCUAAUUAAAAGGCCAGUGCAACGCAUGAUUUCCAAAAAUAAUACUAAGUACACGUUUGGCGAGUGACACUUAAUAUUACAGGGUGCUUUUUCAAUCGGGGAUUCUUCUGUUUCCAAUAAACUCCUUACGAAAGCUGUAUCUUUCUUGCAAGCUUCUGAAGGGCCCUAGCAUGCAUGCUUGAAGACAACGGGCAAGAGAGGGCUUGAUAGAGGGCAAUGGUAACGCCCGAAUCUUUUUCAACCUCUUGCUUAAGCCUGAUUAUAGUGGAAAAAAAAUUGUGUAUCCUAUCUUGAAAAAAUGUUAAAAGAGCCUUCCUCGUGGGUGCGUUCAUUAUAACAGUCAUAAGAAGGAACGCGACACUCGACAAAUGCUCGAAGAAGACAGGACAGGAAGGGAAAGAGGGGAGAAUAGUUUAUGGCAUCGCCUUAUCAUCUAACUUGUGAUGAAAACAUUUCUUUCACUCAGGUUUGGACAACUCACUCAUGUCUGAAGAUUUGGAAGCGCUCUCACUGACUUCUGUUGGUGGCAAAUUUCCCUCGACUUCUUUUGAUCAGUUACAGAAACACGGCAGUGCGCAGUGCGGGAGAAUCGGUAACGAAAAAGUGCUUUUCUUCAGUUCUGUAGAUUUCCUCAUAACUCUCAAACAAACGUCGAACGUCCAGUACUAACUUCAGAGUACAGUUGAACCUAUUUCAGCUGUUUCUGGGGAAACCCUCGGGACCAAGACAAGUGUCCUCUGAAUAGAGGUGUCCACUGUUCUCUGAACUUAGUACUAAAAGACGUUCGUUUUAGAGUUAUGGGUUAAGGUUUGUUAAUAAUUAACCAACAAAUAAAAUAUUUUUCUUUUAUUCUGCCUCGGAAUCUGCUGCAGUAGUUAUUUCAAGCGGCUAGAUAAUAUAUAAAAAAUCAUGAUUAACUUAUCUCUGCGAUGUUGUGUGUUGAGUUCCCAAAAGUGCAGUACAUCGGUUUGAGUGAGAUAAUUCAUGUUUUGAAAGUACUCACCGCCCGUUGUGACUAGUGAACACUUAACUGACUUAUCAACGAUUUUUGUGGUAGGUCACUUUUUAAAUGCUAUAAUCUGUUCCCUGAAUAAGGUUAAGCCCGGAUUUGGGACCUAGAAAAAGUGUCCCGUGUUCCUUCAAUAGCGGUAACAAAUACGAAGAUUAUGCGCUUCCUGGAACAAUAAUAAUACUAAUAACACUUUUAAACAGGCUCUAAACUAUUUAAAAAAUACUUUUAAAACCUUUAGGGAGAAAUAUAUAGAUAAAUUUCAGAGAGAUCCUGAUGGCAUGCCUUUCUACACCAUUAGUCUUCCUACAAGUACUUUUUUUUCAUCAGCUGGUAAAAAUUUAUAGUAGUUUCUCACAACGUGAGGAUAAGUAUUUCCGUCACGUGAAUGAAAGAAGCUAAUUGUUUCAUGAUAAAAAAUUUCAGUUGCGUGGGUUAUCACAAGGAGUUUUAUCGGUUACGAAAUUAAUGAUUUCUAGAAGGUGGUGGGAUAUAUUUUAAAUGUUUUAUGACUCUUGUUUCAGAGUAUCACUUACACCAGACGUUUAACCAGGUGACAAGGCCGAACACUUGUGUGAUAGGCAACCAAGCUACCGUGAAUGAUCAGAUGCCAAGCCAAAGGUAAAUAUCGCCUGGAACUAAAUACAAAGGCAGUAGUCAGUAGUAUUCUGAUAACCUUUUUGUCGGUACGAGCUGUAAUAAACGAUUAAGCGCGUGGCGCUUAUGUAAGCAACUUGAGUUGCCUAUGAUUGCAAAGAGUAUCUCAGCUUUUUGCCAAAUUGACACUUAGAGACGAAUUAUGCGACAGGUGCCUGCGCAAGAUUCAGGAUUUGCCCUUGGGACCCGUAAUAGUACUCCAAAGUGAAUUUCACCCUUAGCUUUAAUACCGUCAGUACAACAUUUUUAGAACAGACUUAUUAAUGAUCAGAGUCAGUAUCGACCAAGUAUUUAGCUCUUGGGUCAAAUAUUGCUCUUGUCAAGACAUCCUUGUUUUAUUCCCUUUCCUCUCCUUUCCCUUUUAACAGAUCAUUGUUGUGUAUUUGGACUUUACGUUUUUCUUACGAUCGUUUAUGUUUUGCCAAAUGUUGAUGCAUGUAUUUUUUUAAAAGGCGGUAACUGACAUUGUCGUUGACCAAUGUUUUGGUCUCUUUUACUUCAGUUUUACUGUACUAGGCGCGUUGACCACUAUUAAAUUACGCUUAAAUGCACUGAGUGAGCUCUUUGGCUAAAAACAAAAUGACGCUCGUAAUUGGUUCCGGUUAUUUUUCCCGGUUACAUUAACAUUUUGUUAUAAAUUAUUUCUUGCCUUUGCUCUCGUUUCACUGUAGACGUUCAGUGAAAAGGACUCCUCUUCGUGCGGGGCGCGGCUGAAGGCAGCGUCUGCUGUCAUUAGAGACUAGACGUUGGCGAACCAGAUAAAGGGGUGUCGAUCGUAUCAAAUAGAGGCCCCUAAGAGUGGCAGGGUCUUGCUAAAAGUUACCAUAACCGCGAUCAAACGUGACAAAUUUACAAAAGCUUAGAAAAGUACUUUAAAACUAAAGUUGUAAAUUUCAAUUCGCUGGAAAUUUACUAAACUUUUUGAGGGUUUCCUCGAAACGAUCAAAGUGUGUGAAAACUGAUCUGGCUUUUCAGUUGGUCAACACGUCACAAUUUUACUCCGGCAAGAAGCGUUUUCAACGAAAAGAAGCUCAUUGUAUUGAGAAAAAUGCAAGGAUAGUUAAAUCAACUCAUUCUUUUAGACAUUCUUGGAUGCGCUUUUUUUCACCUAGUGUUAAACAAAAUCACAUGAAAAAGAAAAGCGCCUUGGACCUUUGACCGCGGUGGACGGAUACCAUACUUGGCUAGGAACGGACAGUGAAAAAACCGAACUUAAACAUGGAAACGUUGGACCGAAGUCAACUUUAACAGAGUUCUCUGAGAUAAAUCGCUGAAACCCUAUCUGUAACGGUUUGUUCGAAGAUUGGUGGACGAAUUUUUUUAAGACUUCUGCCUGUUGUUUUAAGGUGAAGGUCAUAUAGUGAAUCAAAAUUCUAGCGUAAUUUACACGAAAACCUGGAAGGGUACUCAUAGAUCACUAUUUUUAGUUUGACUAGCGUUUUGUCUUGUAUCUUCUGUUUGUCCUUUAGAGCUCUCCCGGAGAGUUUGAACUGCUCUCCUAAGAGAUCCAUUACUGAAGGAAGGAGAUCCUUACCAGAAGUUGAAGAUUCCAAAGAUAGAUCAUGA